ACGUUCCCGGAUCGGUCCCCGGGCGAUAAGGGCGGUCACAGGGCGUUGACGAACCGAGGCGGGGCGGUUCCGGGGCGAUGCGAGGCGGUCCCGGGGCAAUGCGGGGCGGUCCUGGGCCGGUCCCGGGGCGAUGCGGGGCGGUUCCGGGGCGGUCCCGUGUCCGCCCUUAUAGCGGCGGCGGCGGCGGUUCCCGGGGCGGCGCGGCCGCCAUGGACCUGCACAUUCUGGAGCACCGGGUGCGGGUGCUGAGCCUGGCCCGCCGCGGGCUCUGGCUCUACACUCACCCGCUGCUCAAGCUGCUCUUCCUGCCCCAGCGCUGCCGAUGCAAGUUCUUCAGCCUGACGGAGACCCCCGAGGACUACACGGUGAUGCUGGACGAGGAGGGCUUCAAAGAGCUGCCACCCUCUGAGUUCAUGCAGGUGGCAGAUUCCACGUGGCUGGUGCUCAGCGUCGUCUCCAACGGGCGGGAGCCCCCCGGCUGCCAGGCCACCGGUGUCACCAAGAUCGCGCGCUCGGUCAUCGCGCCACUGGCCGAGCACCACGUCUCAGUGCUGAUGCUCUCCACAUACCAGACCGACUUCAUCCUGGUGCGGGAGCGGGACCUGCCCGUGGUGAUCCACACGCUGGCCGGGGAGUUCGACAUCUACAAGGAGGAGGGUGGCGAGUGUGUCCCUGUCACCUGCGAUGACGUGAGCAACGGCUUCCUCAAGCCCAAGCCACCCGCCAGCCCCACGCUGCACCCGGUGCAGAGCCCCCAGACGCGCUUCUGUGUCCUGACGGUGGCCCCCGACACGCUACCCGCCAUCGCCACCAUGCUCAUCGACGUCCUCUUCUACUCCCACAGCCCCCCGUGGGAUGCAGACGCCAGCAGCCAGGACCUCGACUCCAUCACCUUCUUCUCCUUCUCCCUCAUCGAGGGCUACAUCUCCAUCGUGAUGGAUGCCGAGACCCAGAAGCGCUUCCCCAGUGACCUCCUGCUGACCAGCUCGACGGGGGAGCUGUGGCGCAUGGUGCGCAUCGGGGGGCAGCCCCUCGGCUUCGAUGAGUGUGGCAUCGUGGCGCAGAUCGCGGAGCCGCUGGCGGCCGCCGACAUCUCGGCCUAUUACAUCAGCACCUUCAACUUCGAUCACGCGUCCCCGAGGAGGGCAUUGCUGAGGUCAUCCAGCUGCUGCAGCAGCGGCAGGAGAGCAGCAGAUAGCGGCUGGCUGUCCCCAGGCUAACUGUCCCAGCGUGGUGUCUCCCCUCCUCCCAUCCCCGUCAUUAAUUGUGAAUUUUAAUGAUCUCCCAGUACAGGAAAGAGCCGGGCACAGCAUCGCUCCCUCUGUGCUGGGGAUGUGGUGGCUUUGGGGACAUGGUGGCCUUGUGGCAGUGGGCACUGGCCCCAGGAGAGGGGUCAGUCCCUGGGUGCCAUCGUCUCCCUCUAGCCUGGCCUGUGCGGGGUGAGGGACCCAGGGACAGUGGGUGUGUCCAGGUGGAGGGGACACGGUGGGCGGACAUGCCAAAGAGCAGUGAUGUGCCACCGUGGUGCUAUAGGGGACAGCCUGGGGCUGAUGGGAUGCGUCCCCUUGGGAAGGGAGCGGUGGCCACGAUGCUCAGGGACAGCCCUGGAGCAGCCCCAUAGAGAGGAGAGCAUUCCUGGAGCUGGGGUUACCCCUGGCACCCCAAAAAUCUCCACGGGGGCAGUGGGAGGGCUCUGGUUCAAUGCCAGCCCUGGCUGUCACCUGUCAUGGAGGGGUGACAGUGGCUCUCAGCCCCUCACGAGUUGUAUUUUCACAUAGUUUUUGAUAAGUCAAUAAAAUUCUUAUUAUUUUUA